UCCUUCACGGGGAACGGGUGUCUACAUGCGAGGACAGCUAACAGGCUUACCGUACUUAUGUUUGAACGGUUGGUUGGUUCAGCCUUUUGGACCAGUCGUUGGUUUCCCUCUGCCUCUCACUCGCUUUCUCUCUCACGCAAAGUCACUGACUUUCAAAUCUUACUGUCUAAGCAGCCAUGGACGAAGCUGAUCAGGAACAAGAGAAUCGACGCGUUCUAACACUACUAGAAGCGCUGAAGAAGGCCACCAAAGAUCUGCGAAGCUACCCCAUUUCCCUAACAAACAAUUCGGAAACCACCGUUGAAGCUCUUUCAAAGCUCGAAGCCGAGGCCGCCGCCGUUGUUUCCACGAACCCACAUAUUUUCAGCCUCUGUCGGUUGCUCUGCAACCUCAAGACCCUACUCGAAACGCUCGAAAAAUCUCAGGGCUAUAGCCUAAAAUGCCUCCUCCGCCACCAGAUCACCAGCUACAAGAUUUCCCGGAUUUCAUGCAAGAUAGAUGCUGAGAUUCAAGCGUUUCUCGACCGAGAAAGUGUUCAAAGUCUUGCGAGGACGCUGCAAGAAUCGGCGGAUGAGGAGAAGAAGGUUAAGGUAUUGGCUGAGUUCAGAAACCGGGUUUGCCAAGGCUUCGACAGAGAUUUUCAAGAGUUGGUUUUGAGGGCGAAGGUAUUUUCGAUUCUUGAAUCUAUACUUUCUGACUCCAUGUGUUCGAAGCGGGUUCGAGACGAAGCGGCUCUUGUUGUAGAUGCUUUAGUUCGAUUCAAUAAGAACGUUUUUGUGGGAUUGGUGUUCAUGGGUCCGACAAUUAAUGGAGCCUUGACAUCUAUAGGUUCGUGUUGUUCGAUUCAAGUUUUUUGCUCGCUGAUCAAAUUCAUCAGAACUCCAUUAAUAGAUGAAAUGGAAUCGAAUGGCGAAAUCCCAAGAAUCAUCAACCUGUUGGGCUCAGAAGAUUUGUCUAUUCGAGCUGCAGCCUUGGAUUGCAUUCUUGAACUCGCUUAUUUUGGGAGGAAAGAAGUUGUUGAGGAAAUGCUUGAAGAAAAGUUGGUGGAGAAGCUCAUGGAGUUGCAGAGGCUGGAGCGUGGAAGUGGUGUGGUUGAGAGAGAGAACGGACAAGUUUGUGAGGAAACGGAGUCAGAAACUCAAACGAAAGUGGAGAACAAUCCAUUUGGAAGGUGUGUUGCAAGUUUUUCAGUGCAAGUGGAAGUUGGGGAAGGGUUGAGUCAAACAGAGAAAGGAGAAAUCAAACUGGAAAUAUUAAGGAGAGUCAGAGAGGCCUCUGUUUCUGAAGCAGAGUCAUCCACCAUUGAGGCAGAGACAUCCAAGAAGUCAUUCAACGAAUUGAAGCUUGGGCGUCUAUUCGACUCAAGAAUGCAAAGUUUGGAGUGUUCUUUUUUAGAGAUAAUGAAUCAGCUCUUACGGCCAUGGUCAAUGGGAUGAAUCACUACCGCUGACAGAACGGGAUGAACCAAACUCGGCAGCCCAACGACCAUCUAUGAUGAAAACCCUUGUCGAAAGUUUUUUCUCGAUUCUUUGUGAACUACUACGAGACACACGUCCAACACAACUAUAAUCGGCACAUCAAAUUUGAUUUCCUAAAUUUUCAAGGGAAGAUCCAAGGAUUUGGUUGAGUCGGAUGGCCAGUAUAUGGAUGCAAGAGACAUACCAAAUUGAAAGUAGAAAUUACUUUGAGCAUCUUCGAACGUGAAGUACUUGUUUGUUUUCAGUUCAGUUGAAAUGGAGAGUAUCCAGUUAGUUGUAGUGAAGGGGUAUUUUUGUUCAAAAAAUGUGAAAAGACAAAAAUACCUCUACACUUAUAUCUAACAGAGUACCCGUUUCCGGUUAAAAGGCUAGUAACCAAAGAUGCCUGUAGGAACUUUAUUGGGCAGAUUGCAAGACGAAAUUGCAUAGGAGAUUUGGAUGUUCAAACCAAAGACUUUGAGAGAGACCAUCAAGAACUGGCAAAGCUACCAUACUAAAUUGAACAACCAGUCAGCAAAAGGGAGCCAAGAGCCUACAGACAAAAGUCAACAUGCGACUCAGCUCAAUCACUCAAUUUAAACGAUUGACAGGGGAUUAGAGAAGGGGAUCUGUUUCAAUUGCAACGAAAGGUUUGUCCCUUGACAUCGAAGCCAACGUCCACAAGUGUUAUUGAUUGAAGGAGGUGACACUGUUGAAGAAUCCCUUAGGCCAACAACAAUUUCCUGAUCUCAACAUUGAUGGCAAGGUUGCUGUGAAAGGGGGGCAAAUCCGUAGUCUACUGAUGGGCAAGAAAAGUUGAAGACCAGUGUUUAUGAUUCUUAAUAGAUAUUUGAUUUAUCUCUUAUCUCUUAUGAUUUGGAUGUACUUUUUUAUUUUUUUGAAAUAAAGAUAAGAUUUCAUUCAUCAAA